CACCUUCCUCCACCCGAAGCAGAGAUCCCGGGAGCUCCCCACCACCUCCCCCUCUCUCUCCCCUACUUCUCUUCUCUGGAUUUCGAUUUCGAACGCGUCUCAAACCCUAACAGAAAGAAAUCGAAGAAGAAGAAGGAAGCAAGAGGGUUUGGAUUCCUCUUUUUCUUCCGAAACUUAGAGAUCUCGUCUCCGGAUGCGGACGUUGCAGCUGGGAUUGGCGAUCGCUCUGACUUCGGGCCUCGCGGCGAUCUUCAUCUAUAUCACCGGAAUCUCCAAUUCCUAUGGCGUCUCUGGGGUCUCUGAGGAGGACUUGAGCGCCUUGAUGACACUGCAGACUGGCUUCAAAAAGUGUGUUAAGGCAAAUGGACUGGGCCUGCAAGCUGUAGGUGGCAAGGAUUACUGUCAAGUUACUAUACAAUACCCAAGUGACACAGUGCCUAAGUGGAGGGAUCCCAAAACUGGUGAACUUGAGGGUUUAUCAUUUGAUUUAAAUCUCUGCGAAGCAGUGGCCACAUGGGAGCAGGUUCGCAAUAGUUCAACAAUACUUACAAAGGAGUACAUUGAUGCUUUGCCAGAUGGAUGGGAGGAAUAUGCAUGGCGCAGAAUCAAUAAGGGAAUACUUCUCAAUCGAUGCAAGAAUAAGACACUGUGCAUGGAAAAACUUUCGCUGGUACUAAUGGAAAUACCACCUUUUGUGCCACGGCAGUAUAGUCGAUGUGCUGUUAUUGGUAAUUCUGGUGAUCUUCUGCAAACAAAUUUUGGAGAAGAGAUUGACGGUUAUGAUGCUGUUUUUAGAGAAAAUGGCGCACCUAUACAGAAUUACACUAAAUAUGUUGGCAAGAAAAGUACGUUUCGCCUUCUUAAUAGAGGAUCUGCAAAGGCACUGGACAAAGUUGCAGAAUUAGAUGAAACUAAGAAGGAGGUGCUCAUUAUCAAAACCACCAUCCAUGAUACCAUGAGCAAGAUGAUUCGGGAAGUCCCAAUUCACAACCCGGUCUAUCUCAUGUUAGGCACAUCCUUUGGUUCUUCUGCUAAAGGAACAGGACUGAAGGCUCUUGAAUUUGCUCUUUCCAUUUGCAGUACUGUUGAUAUGUAUGGAUUCACGGUGGACCCAGGCUACAAAGAAUGGACAAGGUACUUUUCAGAGUCUAGACAAGGCCAUACUCCACUCCAGGGCAGGGCAUAUUAUCAGAUGAUGGAAUGUUUGGGACUUAUCAAAAUCCAUUCACCAAUGCGGGCAGAUUUUAAUAGGGUGGUGGAGUCGUUACCAAGUAAAAGCAUACUUCUUGCUGCCAGAGUUGCAUCUGAGAAACUCUUGAGGAGGGCUGGAGCUGGAACAGGAGACCCAUGGAGUGCAUGCUCUAUGAUAAAGAAGCGUGAUAAGGGAAAGACUCCAUACAAAUCUGGCCUCAGAGAGGCUGCCGUUAAUCAUCAAAAAUAUGUAAAAGGUGCAACAAUGUAUCCUCUAGAGCGAAGCUUUGGAAAUGGAAUGCUAUGUAUGGUCCCCGGCUGAUGACCUGUGAGAAUCGUGCAUGAGCCAAUUUGCCAAGAGAAAUCCUGCUUAUCUGGUUGACGAUUGAUCAGUGUCAUCUCCAAGCUGCCACGAUCAGCCAUGAUGAUCCCAGUUAUAUUCUAAAUGCAAAUUCUCAGUCGUCCAUUUUUCAAUGGUUACAAUAGUUUUGCGGUUAAGAUAUUUUAGGGUUCAAAUGCUUCAAGCUUUCUGGUGAAUGCUGUCUGCAAAGCUAUGAGAUUGAUGGAGAGGGUAGUGUCAGCACAGGCUUUUCCGAUCUACAUUUCAAGUUAAUUUCAGUUUUUGUGUAUUUAGGUUUGAUAUUCAAAUUUAAUCUCGAGGAAAGUUCAAUUUUUGUAAUUCAAUUUCAAUGAUUUUGAGUAUGGAAAUGGAGAUGCAGUGAUGAUUACACUAUCCGGAGCCUUGUAUCCAGCAUGCCUGACAUGACAAGCGAGAUGCAAUUAUUUGGUUGGGGGGAUUAUUCUUUAUAAUGCCCUUUUUA